UUUUCAAAUGGAAUCCACUUCAGGAAAAUUUUCGAUUUUUAACCAGCCAGAACAAGAAGUUGAUGAAGAACUUGCCCAGAAGAGAAAGGAAGAGGAAGAAAAGGAACGUAAGAGGUUCCUUGAGAAUAACGAGAAUAAACUCCUCAAGAAUGAUAUCACAAACUGUGAUAUUUUCAGAACCCUGUUAUUCCAUUUUAAAACUGACAAUGAGCUCCCAAUCGAAGGCUGUGCUUCGUUUGUGUCCAACCUCCUCCGCCGUCCUCACAUAACGAAGGAAGAUGAAGAGGCAGAGAUUAGAUUUUAUAAUUCUCUUAUCAGAAUUCUUAAGAACUUCUCUUAUAACGGGAAAACAAUCACUGAAAGAAAGUUCUGUGAGCUAAUGAAAUCCUUCGAAGUGACUAACGAAAAUGAGUUCACUGACGAACAACAAUACGACAUGUUCUUGGAGAGACUUUUCUACAGAAUCAAGCAUAAGAAAGUAGAGAGCAUCAAAAUCUCUGAUUUCAAAGACCUCAUCGAACGUGCUGGCUUCAAAUUUGAAGAAGGAGAAUUUGAAAACCUCAUCAAGUGGUAUUUCAGAAAUAAGGAGACUAUCUCUCUGGAAGAGUUUAAACUCUUUGCGACUGGACAAUGAGUUAAACUCUCUGAUAAAUAA